AUGUACAGAGCUUUGUAUGGUGACGAAGCAGACGAGAUGGCAUCCAGGUUCUCAGCUAAACAAAACGACUCUGGCGUAAUCCCGUUUCUGGACUCACGCUCUAUUAAACCACUGUCCAGUGCCAACUUCUCCCAGAUUUUAGGCAAAAAGGAUUCUGUAGCCCUAGUGAUGUUCUAUGAUCCGGAGUGCAUCUAUUGUCAGUCGGCCAAGCCACACUUCCUAAAGGCAGCCAAAACUGCGGAGGCCAAAAACCGAGUCUUUGCUACUGUGGAUUGUUCACAGGAAGAACAACUGUGUGCACUGGAGCAUGUAAAAGAUUACCCAACCUUCAAACUGUUUGUUGGGGGCAAAUUUCUGGCCAGGUAUAACCAGACACCAAAUUUUACCACCAUGCGCAACUUUGUAGAGAAUGCCCCGCUGACCAAUAACGUGGACGAUUUCCGCUACAGAAACGAGCAAAAAACUGACGUGAAGUUUGUCCAAGGCGGUCAGAAGCAAAAACAAGAAUUGUAA